AAGAGAAAAAAGUGAGACACGACGAUGGCAAGUAAAAGGUGAUGAAAACAGAAUCCCAUGCCUGAAGACAACAACUUCAAAAAAAAAACUACCAUCUUCCUCCACAUAAGUACAUCACAAGAAACAAAAUGCCUUCCUCCUCCAUGACAUCCUCCAAUGCUGGCGUGCCCAGGAGGCCUACGCAUGACGGCGCGUCAGCAGAGAUGUUGCAGAGAACGUUGGAAAAGCUGCGAGCCGCAUACUUUCGAGAAUUGACCGAUCUAAGAGGUCAGUUGCGGAAAGCGAAUUCAGCAAUCAAUAAAGAUGCGAUUGAGGCAGUGGAGGAGGUGUUAUGAUGAUCUUGCUGUACUAAAUGGAUCUCUAUGACACUGACGAUUUGCGGAGUAGCACCAGUAGCAGUAGUUUACUAUCUAUUUUAUGACACUGACGAUUUGCGGAGUAGCACCAGUAGAAGCAGUUGUAGUUUAUAUACAGUACAGCACAGUACGCCAAGGAACUCCCUCUUGUAGAGUCUACGGGUAAGGAGUGGUAGCGCUCCUGAUAUUGGGCGAGUCUGAGUCUUAUUUUUUUGGCUUGGUGAAAGAAUAAUAACUACCUAUUUGAAAUGUUCCUUUCACUACUAUUAACAGCAUCACUUUCACCUCCACAAAAUCAAGGUCCUAGUGGAGCAGCCUGUGAUGUAUUUUGAGCCAUUGCAGUUUCUAUCCGACGAAGAGGAGGCGACGAAGGAUUUCAUUCAAAACACGGUGGCAGAGAAGAUGCGUUUGCUGUUAUUGUCACGCGGUUAUUCAAGUGGAGACGGCGUCCAUGAUGGAAUAGCGAAGACAAAGGAGAGGAAGUACAACUGUUGUAUCUGUACUUUUUGUCUCUGGUCCAUGAUGGAGGACAUCAAUGUGAUGAAGAAGGAGAUCUUCUAGAACGAACGAGGCAACCAACGAGGCUUCACUCUGUAGUUGAGACUGUUCUUCAUCACGCCACAGAUUAGAAGAGCAAUGAUGUCAUCUUCAGCUGCAUCUUUAUAAUCCUUAUGUAAUUUUUCGAGUCGACCUCAACCUAAAACACGACCUACAACAGCGCAGAGCUCGAGACCCUAUUACGACAACAGCGAGAGAAGGGUGAAGCCGAGCAGACGGCAUUGCGCUUAGAAAUUCAACGCUUGACUGACCGGUUAGCAGAUGCAAAAGAGGAGCACGAAGAAGUGAAACGUUCUCUACUCCUUAUCUAGGUUUUUUACACAUAGAUUAGUCCACCUACCCAGGGACUGUUGCUGAUGUGCGAAAGUCUUCAGUUGUAGUGAACUUCGAUCGAAAAAGUGACGUCAAUCUUCGAUUGCAAUACGCUAUUGGACUGAAUUAUCUGAGAAGGUGUGUUUUUGCCUGCUUGUAGGCAAAGAAUAGGGUACUCCGCUGUUGUGGUCGUAUUCAACGUCAAGGUUUUAAAUCUUUUGAUUUUGAGUCUGAAAUUUAGGAAUUUGUUUCAAAUGGAACAAAAUCAAAAUUUCUAGGAUAUUUCUUCAUCUGCUUUCACAAAAAUUUUGAUUUUGUUCUAUUUUUAUUCAAUUUUAAUCCCGGCGAAGCCUUUGCAUUCGACUUGGAUUCAUUCGUUUGAAAUUCAAUCCAUCUCUAAAUCUUGAACUAGUGGCGGGUCCUUCUGAAUUUCAUGUGAAAUUCUUGACAUGGAGUUAGAGUAAUCCACUGAAAGGGUGAACUUCGAUGAAAAAGCCUCAUGCUCUAAAAAUAAAAAAUUCGAGGUUUUUCGUUUUCAUAUAAAUUGUGCUAAAGCCAUCAAUUAGGGUGGAGGGCUUUUCAAUUUCCUUCGAAGUUCUUGUAGAUGGUUAGAGUGGAACAUUAAAGAGCUAAAUAUUGAUCAAAAAACCUCAUGCUUUAAAAAUUCAAAAUUCAAGGUUUUUCAUUUUAGAGCUUCAUGUCUGAAAAUUUGGCUCCAGUUUUCACGCGGUGGAGACAACGUUUAGUCCUAUUUCAUGUAACUAAAACUAAUAUGCAAACGCAGCUUUGAUUCUAAUUCAAAUUUCAUUUGAAUUCACAAAAAUUUUGAUUUUGUUCCAUUUUAAUCGAAUUUAAAGCCUGGUGACGCGUUUGAGAGUCAUUCACGUAAAGUCUGGAAUCUUUCGAAAUCGUGUCCUUGUGAAUUUCAUGCCUAGUAGCGGUAGUACUAUCGGAUUUGAUGAACAAAAUUGCCCUAAGUACCUGAAUAAGACUCAGAACAGGUUCUCUCCUCUCCCAGCACGCUCAUGAGAAACGUGCCAUGGUGACGGAUUUUGAGCAUGAGAAGGCUGAGAUGCGCACUAGUUUCCGGAGUCAGCUAGACGCGUUUGCGCAGCAAUUGAUGCAGCAACAGGAGAAGUUGCAGAACAUCGGUUUGGUGGGCGAAGAAUUCAUAGUUAGUGCUCGAGGAGAUCGACGUCCGGGAAGUGCACCUACACCGGAGGCAGAAGAAGAUAGGAAUGGACUACCGUCAGCUGAAGAACUGCAACAGGAUCUGCAGAGGCCUCCUGUGGGAGCAGCAGCUGACGAAGCAACACCUGCUCAGGAAGAACUUGCUCCGCAGUCUAGUGGAGGCCUUGUUCUUGUCCCGACAGCUAGAGCUGCUGUAUCAAGUAGAGGAAAUCAUGCUCCUUCGGCAGGAGGAAGUGGCUCGAAGAACCUGCCUGCAGUUUCACGAAAAGAGCGCACUAGGAUACUUCUGGGCAAAGACCACGCUGUGGUAGGUAGCAAGAAGACACCUUCAACUAGUACAACUUCAUCCUCCUUGGGAUCUGGAAGGAGCAGGAAGAGCAGUCCUAAAACUACAACAGCAUCUUCAGUACAACCCUCUUCAUCAUCUAGUACUAAAAAGACUCCAAAUUCAAGUACAUUACCACCGGUCGUUGUACCUCCAACCGCAGUUCGAGCUGCGACAACAAGCGAUGGUACUUCCAAAGUCAAAACUUCUAUUAAGAAGCAACCUCCAGUACCAGUAGCCCCUGCAAAGAAAAUUGUCAUUGCUUCACCUGCGACAACCACAUCCACAGCAAGCCCUCUGAGCAGUAUCGCCACAAGUCCUUUGAGUGUAUAGAGAUCAGUAUACAUAGAGAUCAAGAGUUCUUCCUGUAGUAUUUAGCGAUAUUUAGACAAUAAGGUACGUGUAAGUAUGUUUGUGUGUAUGUAUGUGUGUGCGCUGCACAGAAGAACAAGAAGGCGCUGCUCUUCUUGAACUUUUUCACUUUCGUUUCCUAUCAUAUGCUGAACUGACAGUGUACAGUAAAAAGAUAUCAACAUGAUCGCUCCGUUCCAACUUUCACUAUCCACGACAAACGACUCACUAUCCACGAGUUCUUGCUGCAGCUGCUCAUAAGCUUUAUCUUCGAAUAUGCUGCAACGCCUCCUGCGAUGACAUGAUGAUCUUCAC